CCACGGGUCAACCAUGGUCUAUCGAGCAAGUCCACAAGCGCGCGUGUAGCGUGUGAGCCCGUUGUCCGUAUUCCUGUGUAUUACUGGUUGCUUUCUGUUGUCUCUUCUGGUGGGCGCGGCUGGUACCAUCUUUUUUGGUCUGUUGCUUCCGCCAGUGGGACUUUUCUGCCAGUGGGUUUGUUGCUUCCCACUGCCGCCAGUUGCCGGUUGCCGGUUGCCAGUUGCCAGUUGCCAGCCGCCCAUUUUCCUUCCACUGGCGGGUCCAUUUAUCUCACUGGUAGGAGCCAUUUAUCCCACUGGUCGGACAUUUGCUUCCUGUUGCUUCCUGUUGCUUCUGCCGGGGAACUCGAUGGUUCCAUUUCUGCCGCAAAGUUGUCGGCUAUGUCGUGUCCUCAAGACACCUCGUCAAAAGCCGAUAAGGCUCACCAGAAGCCCAACAAGGGCGCCUAG